AUCUGUACAAGCAUUUAUUAAAGCCCCUCUCCAAGAUCUAUUGCUUCAGGCGCCCCAUUUGGUCUGGUCUCCAGAGCUCUGAGCAAGGGACAAAUAAGCAAAGGGCGUGAACUGAGUGUGGCUACCGCCCCUGCUCUUGCGGUUUUCUAUCAGGUCCGUUACAUUACUAUAAAGGCAUCGAGCGGUUGCUCUUGUUGGAUUGCAGGUUUAGGAAGAGAGUGUGGUAUGUCUGGUCGCGGUAAAGGCGGGAAGGGUCUGGGUAAAGGUGGUGCUAAGCGCCACCGUAAGGUGCUGCGGGACAACAUCCAGGGCAUUACCAAGCCUGCCAUCCGCCGUCUGGCAAGGCGCGGUGGGGUCAAGCGCAUCUCCGGCCUCAUUUACGAAGAGACCCGCGGGGUGCUGAAGGUGUUUCUGGAGAACGUGAUUCGGGAUGCUGUCACCUACACGGAGCACGCCAAGCGCAAGACGGUCACGGCCAUGGAUGUGGUCUAUGCGCUCAAGCGCCAGGGCCGCACUCUGUACGGCUUCGGAGGCUAAGUAAAUUCAAUUCCAGCUUGCCACUUCACAUCUAUUAAACCCAAAGGCCCUUUUCAGGGCCAUGUAAUUUAUUCACAAGAAGUUGUAAUGCUUCCCAUCUUAACUCAGACGGUGAGGCUUCUCUAGUACUUCGUGUGUUUCUCGCUGCGUUUGCAACUAAGAUCUUAAAAGCUGACCCUAAUGUCAUUUGUGUUUGCUGUCUGAUGGAGAAGAUGUAUUAUACACAAGGCAGAGGAUUGGAGAGCACAACUUGUCUGGUACUACUAGAAUUGAAAAGGGGUAGAUUAGGCACUUGAGUUCAUCUUAAAAGUAGAUUCUGAUAUCACCUGGUAGGCUGGAGGGGAACACAAGGGUGACAGGCAAAGUAUGUAGAAGGCAGUGAGUCCUGGAGGAACCACAGUUGAGUGCAUAGGGUUUUGUUUAAAAGGACUGGAGAGACAUGCCAACUUUAGCUUUUUGCUUCUCAACUGCCCUCAAUCCACCCAGUUACUGGUUUCUCUUGAGUUCAAAAUGGCAUUUUAA